AUGUUUAAAAAGUCUUGCAAAGCCUUCUAAACACUUUUGAUGAUUAAAUAAUUGGUAAAGAGGCAUCUGUAAUACUAAUUAAUUUAGUUAUUUCUUAAAAAUUCGAAUAAUCUUGACAUGGAUGAAAACAAGUUAUCCAAAAAAUUAACAACAAUAAACAUAAAACCUAAUUCCCUUUAAAACUUGAAUGCAUAAUGCUAGUCUUAAAAAAUUAAAUCAAAAUUUAUUGCUUCAUAUGGCACCAUCCAAUAAAAAUUUUUAUACGAUAAAAUAAAUAAUGAACAUUGUUCAUCGACAACACUAACUUAAUUCAUGCUAGAUUGUCAAAUAAAUAGAAAAAUAUUAGUAUAGACUAUUAGCCAAAGUGAUUUCACAGUUUUUCAAGUCUAUUUUGAAUUUCUUGAUUGGAAAGCUCAAAGUCAAAAAUAACAAUACCAAAAUGUAAUAUAAGAUUUAAACUUUUUAUGUCUUGAUUCAUUUUUAGUUGGGCAACUGCCUCUCUCUUUGUUAACUUUCCUUAUUGAAAUUCACAUCAAAAUCUUUAUCAAAUUAGAAUCAAAAAUAUAUCAAAAUUAAGAUGCUAAUUAAAAAAAAAAAAAAAUUACAUCGUCAUAUAUUCUAAUGCUUCUUUUUGCUUCUUUUUAAUAUUAAUAAUAAAAUUAAAAUAUUAUGAGCAAUAAAAUUUUUUUGAUAGCUUUUUUGCUAAUAUUUACAGAUGGCUAAAAAAUUUCAAUUGCAACUUCAUGUGUAUGUACAUAAAUGCUUAUUGAGUCUGAUUGUGGAAAAAUAACUGGAUGUCAAUGGGACAAAAUUAAAUAAAAAUGCACUAAGACAGAAACACCAACAAUAGAUACAACAAAUUUUGUUACUUAUUGUGAUCAAUUCAAUACAGCAGAUGAAUGCCCAAAGAAGAAUCCUUGUGCAUGGGAUGGUAAGGUUUGUACUCAUUUCACUGGAUGCACUCCGUUUGUUUAUAAUGAUGAUUCUAAAUGUUCAGUAGUCUCAACUAGAUGUAUUACUGACGGAGUACGUUGUGUAGAGAAAGCAGCAUGUUCUACUUAUUUGUUUUCAAAAUCAUGUGUUAUUAAUAAUCUAGAUAGAUAUUGUUACUGGAACACAUCAGAUGUAAAAAAUCCAAAAUGUGAAGAUGCUGAUGAUUGUCAUAAAUUACCAAUUACAUUAAUAUCUGAUUAACUCUGCAGAGCUUAGCUUUAUAAAUGUACAGCUAAAGAAGGUGGAGGAUGUGUAGAAUCAGGAGCUAAAUGUGAUGAUUAAGUAUCUGAAAUAGGUUGUGUUUAAGAUUAGUCAGGAGGAGCAUGCUUUUGGAAUGAAGGAAAGUGUUUAGAUAAGACUUGUGAUAAUGCUCCAAGUGAUCUGAUUACAGAUUAUGCAUGCAAAGAUUUUAUUUCAACCUGUACCACUAAAUAAGGGGGAGGUUGUGUUACAAGAUCUAAUUGUGGAGCUGCUAUCUAAGCUGCUUGUAUGAAAAAUAGUUUGGGAGAAGAUUGUUUUUGGAAUGGCACAGAAUGUGUUGAUAAAACAUGUGCAAAUGCUUUGUCUAUAUAUAAAACUAAUUUAAAAUGCUAAGCAUAUUUGAAAAAAUGUAUUACUACAGGAAAUGGGUGCAUAGAUAAUACUGGUUGUAGUGCUGCAAAAAUUUAAGAAGCUUGUGAUACAACAUUAACUGGAACCCUAUGCCAUUGGGAUGGAGUAGCUUGCAAAAAUAAGACUUGUGACAAUGCUGGUAUUUUAUUUGUUGGACAUGAAUAAUGUUCUACAUUUAUGGCUUCAUGCACAGCAAAAUCUGGAUCUGCUUCUGGAUGUUAAGAUAGAUCAUGCUCUAAUGCUCCAAAUACAAAUACUACUAAUGAAUAAUGUGAAGCUUAUCUUCCAAAAUAAAAUUGUGUGACUUAAGUAGGAGGAGGAUGUAGAACUAAUACAACAUGCGAAGCUAUUAAUUUGGAAGAAGUUUGCACAACAGAUGUAAAGGGCAACAUUUGCUUUUGGAAUGUUGGAAAGUGUUAGACUAAAAUAUGUACAAAUGCACCAACUUCUAAUAAUAAUCAUUCAUUAUGUAAUUCUUUUUUAAAUACCUGCACUGUAGGUAGUGGGUAAAGAUGUGUUGAUAAGACAUGUGAAAAUGUUUAGGAAGAAACAAAUUGUGAUAUUGAUUAUCUUAACAAACCAUGUAUUUACAAAAGUAGAUGCUAUUAAAAAUAGUGUGCCUUAGCAUCUAAAAUAUAUACAACUUAUUAAUAAUGCAGAAAUUAUUUAUAGACAUGCACAUUAGAUAAUUCUGGAUAAGGAUGCAUGGAUUUACCUAUAAAAUGUGAAGCUAUUAGAUUAGCAGAAGGUUGUUAAAUUACAUAUGGAGGUGGAAAAUGUGGAUGGAUUGGAAAUAAUUGUGUAGAUUAAACUUGUUAAACUGCCCCAUCUGCUAUUUAUAGUACAAGUAGUGGAUGUAAUACUUAUAGAACAGGAUGUGUUGUUGAUAAUGAUUAAGCUGGAUGUAUUGAUCUUCCUGCCAGUUGUUCUGCAAGAAGGUUACAAGAUAAUUGUGAAAUUGAAUAAGCUAGAUCUAUAUCUCCUUUUAAAUGUUAAUGGGAUAAUAAAACUGAUUCAACAAAUCCAGUUUGUAUAGAUAUAAAAUGUGAAAAUGCACAUCUUGUAACUUUAAAAGGUAAUGUAUCUUAAGUUGGCUGUUGGAGUUAUGAAGGUUUGAAAUGUGUGAUUAAUACUAAUAAUGAUAAAUGUAUUCCAAGACCUAAGAUUUGUAAUGGAUUAGCUGAGACAGCUUGUAAAUAAUUAAAUGUGAUAUAAAUUAAUGAAAAUUCUACCAAAAAUUGUUAUUGGGAUAUAAAAUCUGCAACUUGUUUUGAUUAAGUUUGUGCAAAUAUAACAUUAGAUACUUAUACUCAUGAUAAUUGUUAAAUAGCCAAUUCUAAAUGUACAGUAAAUGGUGCUUAAAAUAAAUGUUAAGAUUUAGUCUUAUGUAAUGAAUAUUAAAUUUCUGAUCAAUGUAAAUUUGAUCUAAAUGAAAAUAUCUGUGUUUGGGAUGGAACAUGUAAAGAUAAACCAUGCACAAAUACAGAAGAUUCCCUUAAUUAUGAUAGUGAUGAGAAAUGUUAAACAUAUUCUAAAAAAUGUACUUUAACAUAAAUGAAAUGUUCUUUAAAAUUAAGUACUUGUGAAGAUAUUAAAAAUCAAGCUGCAUGUGAAUAACAUACUAUAAGUAAAAAGUAAUAAUGCCAAUGGAAUAGUUCUACAUAAGCAUGUGCUAAUGCAGAUUCAUUUGAUUGCACAAAAAUCACUGGAACAGGACUUUUAUUAAGUUAUUGCUAUUUUAUGAGUAAUACUUGCUCUGUAAAUGCAGCUGGUACAGCUUGUGUUGCUUAAUUAUAAAAUUGUGGGGAUUAUUUAUCAAAUGAUGUAUGCUCAUGGGCUCCUAAUUAAGGGAACUGUUAUUGGAAUGGAGCAGCUUGUGUAAUGAUCGUUGAUUCAACGAAAUGCACUGAUAUUGUUGGAUCUAGUGCUGCAGUUUGCUAGAGUAAGAAAUCUAUAUGUACAUGGACUAGUGGAAACAAAUGUGUUCCAAAUUGUGAAGGUUUCAAAGGUCCAUUUAAUUAUGACGCUUGCUAAGCAUUUAGUGCUCAAUGUACAAUCAAAAGAGAUGGUACUGGGUGUGUAAUGACUGCACCAACUUGUGCAGAAACAGCCUAAGCCAAUUGUACACAUGCAGAUGAAGGAAUUUGCUAUUUAAAUGGAAAUGCUUGCAUAUAUGCAUUUGGUAUAUCAGUUGUCGGUUAAGAUAACUGUGGUUCAAUAACAGGAAAAGGAUUGACAACAGCUUAUUGUAAAGGAAUUAGUUUUGGAAAUAUGUGCUCAUCUAAUUCAGAAUAGACCACUUGUGUUAAGAUGAAAAUGAAUUGUUCUGAAUAUUAAUCUCCUUGGGUUGAUUGUGUUUCUACACCAUAACUUAAUUAGCAGAAAUGUGUUGUUAAUGCUGCUGGAACAGGUUGUGAACCUUAUAUAUCUAAUUGUGAAACUGUAAAAGUCUUCAAAGCAGGAGGAAUAGAAAUUAAAUAUACUGAUGCUAUUUGUUAUUUCUAUUAAUGCCAAGCCAAAUCUGAUGGUAGUGGGUGUGAAACCAAAUCUCCAACUAAUUCAUCUUCAAAUUGUAUCGAUCACCCUGGUCCAUUUACAUAUGAAGCUUGCAUAGGCUUCCACAGAAUGUGUUCAGUUAAUUCAAAUAAAACGGCUUGUAUUUUUGGUUUGGAUACUUGCUAAGAAUAUGACCUUCUUGGAGAUUGUGGACAUUCAUUUACUGAAGGAGAAUGUUAAUUAUCUGGAAAUAAAUGUGUUUAAAAGACUUGUGAUUUAGCUCCUGUUACAGCUACUAAUCUAGCUGGAUGUUAAUCAUAUUCAACAAAUUGUGUUGUUAGAGUAGGAGGAUGUUAAUUUAGGGAUACAUGUGCUUCAUAUACUAUUCGAAAUGCCUGUGUUAAAGAUGCUCAUGGAAAUGAAUGUUUGUGGAACCCUUCAAAAGCUAAAUGCGUUGAUAAAAGUUGUAGUGCAGCUGAAUCAUCAACUAGUUUCGAUUCUCAUGUAGAAUGUUUAACUGCUGGAAAAUGUACAGUCAAAGCAACUGCAGAAAAAACAGUUGGAUAAGGAUGUAUUGCAUUUACUGCUUGUAGUUCUUAUACAAUUUAAGAAUAAUGCAAGAAAAAUACAAAAGAAGAAGAUUGUGUUUGGAAUACAAAUCCUAAUCCAGCAAUUUGUGCUGAUAAAUCUUGUGCCACUGCUUCAAAUACAUCAUAUAAUGAUCAUGAUGGAUGUCAAGGAUAUCUAUUAGGAUGUACAGUGGAUGUUGUUGAUGUCAAUGGAACACCAACACUUUAAGGAUGUAUUUCUUAUAAAACAUGCAGUUUAUAUACUCAUAAAGAAUAAUGUAAAAUAAGUAGUGAUAAAGAUGGGACAGGUGCAAACAUUGAAUGUGGAUGGAAUGGAUCUACUUGUGUAAAUAAGAAUUGCUUAACAGCUUAGGAAACUGUUAACACUCCAACUUUAUGUAAUGAUUAUCUCCCUGGUUGUACUGUUAAUGCAACAGAUAAUGGUUGUGUUGAAAUACCUGAUUAUUGUGAAGGAAUGACAAAAAAUCAAUGUUAUGAAGGAUCAGUAGAUAAAUCUUCAAGAAAAUGCUAUUGGGAUAUAACAGAUGAUGAGGGUAAAUGUAUAACAAAGAGAUGUGAAAAUUCUCCAAAAUAUGGAUCCGAAUUAGAAUGUGAGAAUUAUUUAUCUGGUUGCACAAUAAGUACUAAUAAAUGUAUGACUAAAAUAUGUGAAGAUUUUACAUUAACAACUGAUGCUUUAUGUAAAGCAGCACUCUCUACUUGUACAUCAAAUGGAUUUAAUUGUGUUCUAAGAGGAACUUGUAAUUAAGCAUUAACUGAAGCUGGAUGUGUGACAGAUUCUAAAAAUUAACCAUGUUAAUGGAUGGCACCUAAAGGAUAAACAGCUUAUUGUACAAACAAGACUUGCGCAACUGCUCCUACAACAUUAACAACUGAAGCUUAAUGUAUUUCCUAUUUCACACCUUCAGUAGGAACCUGUACAACAAAGAAAGAUGGAGGCUGUACAAUUAAAGGAUCAUGUACAACUGCUAAUUUUGAGGCUUGCAAAACUGACAAUUUUGGAAAUGAUUGCUAAUGGGACACCGAAACAAAUGGAUGUAGAUUGAAAGAAUGCAAAGAUUUUGCUGGAACCACUCAUUCUAAUUGCAAUAAAAUAAGAGCAGGAUGCACUGCAGGAUUAAAUGGAAGAUGCGCUUAAAUGACUAAUUGCUAAGAUACCAAAGUAAGGGCUGCUUGUAUUGAAGGUAAUGAUGGUCCAUGUUUAUGGAUUGCUAAAUAUAUGAAUGCUGAUUUUACUUUUGGAGCAUGCUUCUCUUAUGAAUCAUGUAAGAGUUUAGAUUGGACUUUGGAUAGCAGCUGCAAAUUGAUCUCUCCUAAUUGUACAACUGAUGGUACUGAAUGCGUUGGAAUUACAUCUUGUGCAGAUACAAACACUAACGGAGGAUGUAAGACAGGAACAGAUGGAGAAUGUAUUUAAACAAUAUCAUCCAAAGAAUCUACAAACACAAUUUGUAAGAAGUUUACUUCAUGUGCUGAUGCGUACUACUUAACUCAUAGUGAAUGUAAUUUAGCAAAUCCAAAAUGCACUUCAGAUUACUCAAAAGGAUGUAUUCCAUUAGCUGCUUGCUCAACAUAUACCUAAAACUAAUGUAACCUAAAUAAGGAUGGAGCAUAAAAAGAUGAUAAUGGACUUAUAACAUCUACAGGUAAUUGUGUUUGGGAUGACAAUGCAAAAUAAUGCAAAGAUCAAUAAUGUACAGAUCUAACCUACACUACUGAAUAGGAAUGUUCCUCUAAAUUGAAGACAUGCACAUCAGAUGGAGUUAAAUGUCUAGUUAAAGUAGCCUGUAAAAGUUAUACAACUUAAGCAGCUUGUAAUGUUGCAGGUGGUACUGAAGGAUCUUGCUUUUGGGUAGCAACAGAUACUUCAGGAAGUUGUAGAACUAAGGUUUGCUCUGAUAUUCCAAAUGGUACAACAAUUUAAGCAUGUUAAGGAUUAACAAAUUGUGUUUCAAAUGGAACUGAUUGCAUUCCCAAAGCCAACUGUUCAUCCUACAUUACAAAUAUUGCUUGUAAUUCCAAAGGAUCUGAUGGUAUUUGUGUUUGGACUGAAACUAUCACUGGACAAACUAAAACAGGAAAAUGUUCAUUAAUGACUAGUUGUGCUUCAGCAGGAACUGAUGCUAAUGCUUGUACAUAAGCUAAUGAUAGAUGUCAAAUAGAUACUAAGAAAAAAGUUUGUGCUGAUCAUACUUGUGUUUCAUAUUCUGCUUAAGAGUUAAGCUGUAGAUACUUCUACACUUGGGAUUAUAAGAAUUACAACAUUUGUUCAUUAAUCAAUGGUGUCUGCACUGCUACAAGUGUUGAUACAUUAAAAGAAGGGGAUUGUUCCACUUUGACAGCAUAUCAUUAUUCAUGGAAUCCAGCAGUCUCUAAAUGUACUUAAUGUGGAACAGUUGUAGUAGAAGUAAAUAAUUCGAAAAACAAUUCAAGCAGUGGAAAUUAAGUCAAUACAGAUUCUGGAUAUAUUCUUGGAUUUACUUUGAUUAUAGUUGGAUUGCUUAUUUUAAAUUGAUUAAUAUGAUUAAAU